AUGGUCAGUCAACCAUUGGUCGCUGGCCCAAAACCACUCCAGCUGAAAGCCAUAAAGGGUGUCGGGCAGGUUAUAAACCAACCCGUUAUCCCCUCCCUCCUCCCCCGGAGUGUACCGCACAAUUGGUGCUUGGAUACGCAUAUCCUGCAUUUCAAUGUUUCAAAACCGUUGAGAAAAACAGAGUCGAAAUUCCAGAACUCCGUUUUUGGUGUCAAUAUUGGUGAGCAUUGUUUGGAACAAGAAAUUGACUUGCACUUUCAUAAAGAAAGAAAGAAAAGAACAAAUCUCCAACUUGUUAAGAGUAGUUGUGUGUUUUGCAGGAUUAUUGUGGCGGUCAUAACAAUACUUGAGAAAAUUGGUGAUGUCUUUGUUUCAUGGCUACCAAUAUAUGGAGAGAUGAAAUUGGCCCUUUUCAUCUACUUGUGGUAUCCAAAAACUAAGGGAACAGGAGUUAUUUACGACACUCUUUUACGACCUUACGUGUCGAAACACGAAACAAAUAUCGAUCGAAGUUUGAUCGAAUUUCGAGAGAGAGCAUGGAAUUUAGCGAUUUACUACUGGCACAACUGUACAGAACUUGGUUCGACCAAAAUCCUCCAAUUUCUUCAAUUUGUGUCUUCUCAAUCCGGAAGAGUUACCGAACCUAGCCCUGAGAUUAUUUUGAAUCAAGAAUAUGAAGUAGAGCAAUCAUCAUCACCGCCACGAAAAUCAUUUGGGUUUUUCAGGCGAAGCAAACCGGAAAAGAGGGCUUAUCGAAACCAAACCUCCAAAUCGGAGGCCAUUAAAGUCGAGCUUCAAAACCAAAGGCACUUCAUUCGACCUGAAGAUGUGCUUGUUUCGGACCCCUUAGGGGCCGAUAAAUCGGAUGUUGAUCACGAAAUAGAAGCAGCAAGGAACAGACUUAGGCGCUUUAUUGAUGGAUAAAUAGUGUGAACAAAAAAAAAAUUAAAGUUAGGAAAAACGGUUGUAAAGUGUAUAACCAAACAUUGUACCCAAGUUUUUAAAUUUAUUGAUUUUUGUUCUUUGAUAUA